GAUCCUAUGCAGGGGCGGUUCUGGGGAUGCCUUUGAGUGGGAUACUGACACGAUACAUCGGCUGGCAGUCAGGAUUCUACUGUUUUGGUUUGCUAGGUGCCAUGUGGUCUAUAGCUUGGUGGUUCUUAUCCUACGAGAAACCAUCCACUCACCCGACCAUAACUGAGGAGGAGAGACUCUACAUAGAGACCAGUAUAGGAGAAUCUACAAGCAUCAAGAAUUGUCGCACCCCAUGGGUUGCAUUUUUUACUUCAAUGCCGGUGUGGGCGAUCAUGGUGGCUAACUUCUGCAGGUCCUGGACCUUUUACCUGCUCAUCAUUUCCCAGCCAGCGUACUUUGAAGAGGUCUUCGGAUUCAAGAUAGACGAGAGCGGUACACUAUCAGCCCUGCCGCACCUGGUGAUGGCCAUCAUCGUGCCUAUUGGAGGACAGAUCGCAGACUUCCUGAGGCGUCAUAUACUCACUACAACCGCGGUCAGGAAGAUCUUUAACUGCGGAGGGUUUGGCAUGGAGGCCAUAUUUUUACUCGGAGUCAGCUUCACCAGGGAUACGGCACCUGCUGUGGCAUGUCUCACCCUGGCUGUUGGCUUCAGCGGUUUCGCUAUUUCAG